AGGAGCAGCACCUGGGACAUGCCAACAGACAUGAAGUGACCAGACCGAGAACCUAAUUUGACGUUGAUCUGACGGCUCCUGAGAAAGGAUCAGACGCGGGGAUACCAGAAAGAGAGGAUCGAAGGAGUUGAAGAUUCAGAUGUCCAGCAAGAUGGCCAUCAGCAGCGACAUCGGGCAGGCCCGCCGGGCCGUGGAACAGCUGCGGAUGGAGGCAGGCAUCGACCGCGUGAAGGUGUCCAAGGCGGCUGCCGACCUGCUGCAGUUCUGUACGGAGCAGGCCAAGAGCGACCCCUUCCUUGUGGGCAUCCCAGCGGCCACCAACCCCUUCAAGGAGAAGAAGCCCUGCGCCAUCCUGUGACCGCCAUGGCCCCGACCCCCCAGGAGGCCUCAAUAAAAAUGAAGUGAAGGGUCCUCAGGACGUGGCUUGGCCAGGCUUCGGGGGGGCAGAGGGGACCUGCGCUGGGGCCACCUGCGCAAGUGGGGCGGCCCCCCGCCCCCGCCAACUCAUGGCCCCAGCAGCACACACAUCCCGCACCCCUGGAUGAACUAGCACAUGCCUCCGCCGCCCCUCUCUGCCCCCCGCACUGUGGGGUAGCAUCAGCGGAUCCCCUUGCCCACUGCACAGACACGCCCAGGGUCAGGGUCCCAGUCUACGGGCCAGCACGCAUCACACAUGCCUUCACAUCACACAAACGCGCACACGCACACGUGCCAUUAUAGAAACCCAUGCACAUCCUCACGAGCCGCCUUCUUCCUCAUACACACCCACGUCCACCAGCACACAGAUGUGCACAGACAGGGUUAUUGUGACAACACGCACAGCCAGACCCACGUCCCCAGCGACACGCAGACACGUGAUCGUGAGCACAGAAAGGCACUCGAGCAGGUAACUUGCACCUCGAUAUAAAAUAGCGUCAGCUGCUGUGGCUUCCAGAACCAUCUCACAGACUCGCACGCCCCGCGCGUCCCAGUCCCCAGCAAGCACAGGCAGGGCCCUCAGGGGCACCGGUACAUCAGGUUUAUUUCUCCUUCUCUCCCACGGGAAAGCAGGUAUCCAAACAUAACAAAAACAGGGCCCCCGGGAGGGGAGCAGUCCCCUGGGUGGGCCUGAACGAGCUCACCUUCCCUGGCGUGGGGCACCGCCCAUGGGGCACAGCGCACCAUGGCCCGACUCCUUGUGCCUCAGGACUUCAGGACAGGGCAGAGGCAGCACCAGCAUGGGGGGCGUCCCCCGAGAACAGAGGCCGUGGCCCAGCCAGUGGGCCGGCGGAUCCACCUCCACAUCCGAG